AUGGAAAAGAAGGGAGAAAAGUUUCUUUAAACAAACACAAACUGGCAUGCAGUCAUGGGGGCGGACGACCCGGGACUGUCUCCUCCCACGUACGCAACAAUGCCUUAUAUUGACGGCGUUGCCGAGCCGAUGGUUAUUCGUUUUGUUAACCUCCCGACGCACCGUAUAUCAAGAUGGCUGAGAAGAAUAGCUCUAAGAAGGUGACUACUAAGAAGCCGGCCGCCCACCCACCGGCUGCCGAGAUGGUUGCUACAGCAAUCACCGAGUUGAAGGACCGCAAUGGCUCCUCGCUGCAAGCAAUAAAGAAGUAUAUCGCUACCAAUUUCGAUGUGCAGAUGGACCGACAGCUGCUAUUCAUCAAGCGGGCCCUAAAGUCUGGCGUGGAGAAAGGCAAACUAGUGCAGACGAAGGGGAAAGGAGCUUCGGGUUCUUUCAAGGUGAAUGUGCAGGCGGCCAAGGCACAGGCGUCGGAGAAGGCCAAGAAGGAGAAGGAGAAGGCAAAACUGCUAGCACAGCGUGAGAAGGCCAAGGAAAAGGCUGCAGCGAAGAAGGAGAAACUGCAGAAGGCAGCCGCCGCAAAGAAAGUCAAGGCAGCCCCCAAGAAAGCGAAGAAGCCAGUAAAGAAAACGACUGAGAAGAAAGAGAAGAAGAAGACUCCGAAGAAGGCACCCAAGAAGCCAGCAGCCAAGAAAUCAACACCAAAGAAGACGCCCAAGAAGGCAGCCGCAAAGAAACCCAAGACUGCCAAGCCCAAGAAGCCUGCGGCAAAGAAGGCUGCAAAGUCCAAGUGAUUUGCACGCCAACUUUCCCAUCCUACCAAAACGGCUCUUUUCAGAGCCACCACAUACCCAAGAAAGAAACACUUGUCCAAAUGCACUCAUGAGAUACUAUGAAUAUGUGUAAUGAAGAAGAAAAUGAAGAAGAAAAAAAGGGGGAUGGGGGAUGAAACAAAGAAAAUGGAUAAAAAGAAAUUAAAAAGGGAAAUAAGAAUGACAUGAAUUAUGGACGGUGAUAUUUGCCCAAUUAGCACUGGUUCUCGUUUCAGCCCUUUUAAAAUACAAACAAACUAUAUA